AAUGAUACCCUCAACUGGGUUAAGUUUUAUUGUUUAGUGGUUACAUGCCUUUCAAUAUGGAAUCUGAGACUUCUUUAUCUUUUCCUGUUGCCCGUGGGGUUUAGCAUGUAGAGUCUUCAGAAUGCGGAAUGGAAUCUUACAAGAAAAUGCAUAUAAUGAGGUCAAGAAGAAGAAGAAGAAGUAGCAGAAAUCAGAGAUAGGUGUGAGUGAAGAUGAGCCGAAUAAUAGUGAGCAGCAACCCAUGGACUGUGUGUAUGCCAAGGUUCACUUCUACCCAUCUAAGGGCUCGGAGUAGUUCAACUGUUUUUCAAAACAGAUUUACACAUACAUUUGCAAAAGGAAACAAUGAUAAAGUUACUCUCAGCCUAGAAGCAAGGGAAAAUCCGCAACUGGAAGAUGUCAAUCUGGUGGAGAAGACUAACAAUGAGAUUAAGAAGCCAUCAAAAGGUGGAACCAUGAGAGGAGAAAGCAAAAGGUUUUCUACUGCUGCUGUGAAGAGUGGAAAGUCUCCAAAGAGUCCAGGCCCAAAUAAAGGAAGUGGCCCACAGCAUGAUUAGUGGACACAUUUUGGUAUACAAGAGGAGCAUAAAGCAAAUAGAAAAAGUAUGGGAAAUAGAUUGGGCUAGUGAAAGCAUAGUGUUUGAAUUGCCAUGCUGUUGGGACAUAGAAAUAAAAGUUGUAUUAGUGGCUUGCUUCGUUUGUAUGAGAUGCUUUUACUGUAACAGACCAAGAUAUGAAUAUGAAAUUAUGGAGCUACAAUAUGUUUUGAAGUCAA